AUGGGCCGCCACUUGCUCACGCCCAACACCCCCGUCCACCUCACCGAGUACCACGACCACGACCCCCAAACAGACUGGCCCGCCGACGCUCCCCUUCGCAGCACCUUCCGGGUCAAUCAACUCGUCACAUCGAAACGAAACAGGAGGAUGGCCACCGACUACAGCCUGCGCGCGCGACAGCUCCUGCGCUACGCGGCCGCGGACCCGGCUCAGCCGCAUGCCGACACCAUCACCAACGAGCACGUGCGCCGCGCGCGUUUCCUGCAACCGCUGUACGACCCUGCCGCGGAUGAGGAGGAGGACGGGGAGCGGUGGCCUGCGCAGUGGGCGGAGAGCGUGAAGAGCCUGCGGGGGUUUGUGACAUGUAGGCCGUGGAAAGAAGCUACGGAGGGAUGUCUCGCCAUUGUGGAGGAGGAGAAGGAGGAUAAGGCGGGUGAGAAGGAUGUCGCAGCCGCAGAGGAUCAGGAACAGCCGCCGGCGGAACCCGCUCCAGGACCACAGCAAUCUGACAAUGAGGCAGCCCAGGCUGCCGCAGACCUGCUGAGCCUCAGCGGCUUGGGCUCAGUCCUGAAUCUGAGCGGCAUGGGCACCGUUGCCCCGCAAACGACGCCCGUCAAGCCGGCGCCCCCUGCUCCCCGUCGCCCGCGCCACAUCCAGACGCAAACGCAGCAGACGCCUGCCAUGGCAUUGGUGGGUGGUGGCUCGCGGCUACCCGUGUCUACUACCCUGCUGCCGGGCGCUAGGCCUUUGAUGGCAGGCGGUGGCAGAGGUGCUUCGAAACCUUUGACACCGGGCAGAGAAAUUGCGACAACUGACCUAUAUCUCCCCGUGGGAGAGACGGCAGCCACUGUCGCCCACCUGUCCCCUCGCUUGGGAGUCACAGGCAGAGACACAGCUCACCCUUUGAAUCCUGGCCCUGGUCCGACCGUCCAAGACACCGUCACUUUCGACCCGUUUCCUCGGGUUGGAGAGACGCGCAGAGAUACCACCAACUCUUCACCAGCAGGCGGCAGAUACACUUCAUCAAACCCAUUUCCUUCCCUUGGACAGACUGCUCCUGUGCCCGGCGCAUUCCCUAGUGUUGGAAACACUGCGACUGUGCCAGGCGCAUUUCCAGACUUUGGCGAGACCCAAGACACCCCCGCGGCUUUAUUCAGCACCAGCCCCCACAUGUUCGGCCCAGGCGGUCGGGAGUGCAACCGCGCAAACGGCCGGGGCCGCAGCCGCAGCGUCUCCCCCCAGGGCGGCAACAACCCUGUCAUUGGAGGUGGUUUCACGGAGGAGGAGAUGGAGCGGUUCCGGGCGUGGGUGGCGCGGGAAGAGCGCAAGAAGGCCAGAGAGGCUGGUGGAAAGUAG